UCGAUUUACUAGCAACACUAAUUCUGACGGCUGAAUUCUCGACAGCAUAGAAAAACUAAUUCCUUUAUUUAUCGCAAAUAAUGCUUAUGCAAUGAGCGAUGGUAGAUCUGUGAGUGGCCAACUGAAGAAGUUUGUGUUUCGUGGGAAGUCUUCGACUAACGGCGACACUCGAGGUGAAUAUUUGGAGAUAGUCAUACCAGAGCUUCUCACGGCUGGCUACUCGUUCUACACGUGGCCGUCGGCGCCGCUAUUAGCUUGGUAUUUGUGGACUCAAAGGCGACAUUUACGCGGGCUCCGCGUCCUGGAGCUCGGCUGCGGCACAGGGCUACCAGGAAUCUUAGCCGCCAAGUGCGGCGCCCGUGUUACGCUCACUGACAGCGUCGCUUUACCGCGCUCCCUGAGGCACCUAUCUGCGUGCUGCGAAGCCAACGGCCUCGUCCCUAAUAGAGACGUAAAGAUCCUUGGAUUAGCUUGGGGCUUGUUCUUAUCGGAGGUUCAUGCCUUAAGACCCGUAGAUUUGUUACUAGCAUCAGACUGUUUUUACGAACCCUCUCAGUUUGAGGAAGUCUUAUCGACUGUAGCUUACCUGUUAGACGGCACUGACGGGCGAUUUUUAUGUUCUUACCAGGAACGCAGCGCGGACUGGUCCAUUGAGGCUCUGCUGAAGAAGUGGGGACUGAAGGGAGCUCUUCUGGACUUGGACUCUUUGAGUGAGAGUUCAGGUUUAGUAUCUACAAUGGCUGAAGCACUUCCAGAUUACCCCGACUCAGAUUUCUCUGAUGAUGACCAGUCUCCUUUAGACAUAUCUUUUAGCAAAGCAUCUGACCAUGUCAGGAAACUAACCAGCAAGUUAGACAACACCCAACUCUUAGAACUGUAUGGCCUCUACAAACAAGGAACUGAAGGGAAAUGUAACACACCCAAGCCCGGCUGGCUGGAUGGUAGAGGCCGCAGGAAAUGGGACGCCUGGCGGGCUCUCGGCGAUAUGCCCAGUGAUGAAGCUAAGCACAAAUAUAUAGUUCUAGUGCAGAAGUAUGCUCCGGAACUGACAGAACUAUCGGAUGAUGGCAUGAAAGAAGCCUGGGUAGCGGUGUCUUCAAUGCGUAAAUCUCCUGAACCGGAACUAAUACAUAAUGAGCUGUCUAUCCUGGACGCCGCGCGUGAGAACUGCCCUGGCCGCAUCACGGAGCUGCUGGCCAAGCACCCUGAAAUGCGUCAUGAGAGUGAUGACGAUGGUCUGACAGCGCUGCACUGGGCAGCAGACAGAAACGCCACGAAAGCAUUGCAAGCCCUGUUAGAUGGAGGGUGUAACGUCGACAUGACUGAUGAAAGUGGUCAAACAGCACUACACUAUGCAGCAUCCUGCGGUCAUGUUGAGUCAACCAAGUUGUUAUUAAAUGCUGGAGCUUCUUUGUUGAAAGAUGAGGAUGAUUGCACACCACUAGACAUAGCUGCAGAUGAGGAAAUAAAGAAACUUCUGGAAGGUGCUAAGUAGUAUAAGAAGACUUAUGAACUUUACAGGGGCAGGAAGGCUGUCAUGUAAUUUUCUAUUUAGUCGAAAAUAUAAGUUUAGUUUAAAGACAUUCAUGCAUCUGUAAAGUUCCUAUGCCACUUUUAGUUAGAAUUAACAUUGGGUUCUUGUAGUUAUUCAUAAUAAUAAACACUGAAUAUUU